AUGAACAAUACCAACUGGAGUCGACACAAGGAAUCUUGUAAAAAAAAAAAGUCUGUUAAAAGAAGUGCUUCAAGUUCCAUUUCAAACUUUUUUAAACCUACAGAACGUGAUGGAAAAUUUCCAAAAUUUGAACAAUCACUUUUUAAUAAUCCAUCAACAUCAAUAAUUGAGAACACUGAUAAUGUUCAAGAGCAUCAGGUGAACAUUGAAGAAAAUGUUUCUAAUAAACCAUCAACAUCAAUAAUUGAAAACUCUGAUAGUGUUCAAGCACUUCAAGAAAACUUUGAAGAAAAUGUUUCUAAUAAUCCAUCAAUAUCAACAAUUGAAAACACUGAUACUGUUCAAGAACUUCAGUUGAACAUUGAAGAAAAUGUUUCUAAUAAACCAUCAACAUCAAUAAUUGAAAACUCUGAUAGUGUUCAAGCACUUCAAGAAAACUUUGAAGAAAAUGUUUCUAAUAAUCCAUCAAUAUCAACAAUUGAAAACACUGAUACUGUUCAAGAACUUCAGUUGAACAUUGAAGAAAAUGUUUCUAAUAAAUCACCAACAUCAAUAAUUGAAAACUCUGAUAGUGUUCAAGCACUUCAAGAAAACUUUGAAGAGAAUGUUUUUGAUAAUCCAUCAACAUCAAAUGAUACCCGCUCGGUUGAUAUCUUAAUUGGAAUGCAUGAUUUUAAAUUAUAUCCAAACGAUCCUGGAAAUUUUCCUGAAGAAAUGUCAAGUGAACUGUUGACAUAUUUCAUACAAUAUGGACCAUGUCAGCCUUCUCCAUUAGAACUACCAUCAAGUAUUUUUCCAAAAAGCAAGGAUCCAAAUGGUGUAUCAAGAAGUUUUCACGAAUCUUAUUAUCACAAAACUAUACAAAAUGUUCAAGUGCGUCGAAAUUGGUUAUCAUAUUCACCUUCCCAAAAUAAGGUAUAUUGUGUAUCUUGUAAAUUAUUUGGAUUACCUAAAGCAAAAAAGGCUGUUUUGGCACAAAAAGGAACAAAUAGCUGGCAAAAUUUAAAACGUAAUUUAGAGACUCAUGAACAAACUAUUGAACACUUACAGUCUGAAAUAAGCCGUGGACUUUUCUCAAAAAAUGAUAGAGUAGACUUGAACCUGCGUCUUUCUAAGAAUCGACAUAUCGCGGAAAAUAGAGAAGUGUUGAGAGUUAUCAUUGAAGUAAUUAUUUUCGCUGCUAGGCAAAACAUUGCAUUACGAGGCCACAGUGAAAAUGUUUUAAGUGAUAAUCGUGGUAAUUUCUUGGAAUUAAUUAAGCUGAUGAGUCAUCAUAACUCAACACUCCAGUACCAUUUAGAAAAAAUAAAUUCAAGCAACCAUAAUAGACUUACCUUCAUGUCUCAUGAAAGUCAAAAUAAGUUAUUGUUAAUUAUUGCAGAAAUUAUUAGAUCCGUAAUUGUAAAACAACUCAAAGCAGCUGGAUUAUUCUCUGUUAUCAUUGACACAACGACUGAUGUGGCAAGUCUGGAACAAUUUUCUUUUGUUGUUCGAUAUGUUCAUGAAGGAAGCAUCGAAGAACGUUUAUUAAGUUUGGUUACAGCGUCAGAUGCUACAGGAAAAGGGCUGUAUAAUACUUUUUGUACUAUAACAGAAAUGUAUCAGAUUGAUUGGAAAACCAAAUUAUGCGCUCAAUCGUACGAUGGUGCUGCAGCUAUGCAAGGAGAAUACUCAGGACUACGCACAUAUAUUCAGAAUGAAAACCCCAAAGCAAUUUAUGUGUGGUGUUUCGCACACUUGCUUAACCUAGUUAUUGUCGAUACAUUGGAUUCUACAACUGAUACCAAAAUAUUUUUUGGGGACUUGCAUGGAAUUGUAACAUUUAUGAGAGCAAGGAAAAGAACUGCUACAUUUUAUGAAUGCCAAAAAAAAUUAAACAUUGAAUCUAAAGCUAAUGAUAGAAUUCGAAAAAUCAAAAAUUUUUCAGAUACACGGUGGACGUCCCAUGACCGUGUUAUUACAGUAAUACAUGAUAAGUAUGAAGCUUUAAAAAAUACUUUAGAAUUGCUAUCAGAAUCCACAGACAGAGUAACUGCUUCAAAUGCAAAAUCGUUUCUACAAAUAAUUUCUUCGUUUCAUUUUGUAUUGGUUCUUAAGCUAAUGAAAAGUAUAUUCACAAUAACUACACCAACUUCAUGUUAUCUGCAAUCAAAAAGCAUUGAUUUUAUUCAAGCAAUUAAAUUGGUAGAUGAAACUAAAAAAAGAUUAUUAGAAUUGCGUUCUGACAAAUAUUUCCAAGAACUUGUACAAAAUACCAAACAAUUUACUAAUGAACAGAAUCUCUGUGAAAAUGAUUUUAAAAAAGUCCGAACGAGGAAAACUAAAAAAAUGCCUGGAGAAAAUGUACAAGAUGAAAUUAGUUCCUCAGCAUCAGACAGGUUUAGAGUGAACACAUAUUAUAAAUGUUUGGACCAAAUAACUUCAUCUAUAGACAAUAGAUUUAGUAAUGCUAGAGACAUACUGAAAGAUCUUGCGUUACUAUCCCCAGAGCGGUUAAUGGAAGCUAAAUAUAAAUCGGAAAUGGAUCUUCCAGAUAAAUGUUUUUUAGAUUUGGCUACAUGGAUAACUGAUAUUAAUCCAUACCAACUUAAAACUGAAUAUUUAUUAUUCAGCAAAAGCUUAAAAGAAUUGAUUAUUGGAAUGAAAUUCCCAGAUAAUCAAUCUAAUGAAUCACUUGAUAUUAACACUGAAGAGGAUUCAUCGGAAGAUGAACAUCAAAAUAUUACGAGCAAACCAAAACAGAACAUAACACUAGGAACUAUAUUAAAUGUUCUCUCAAGUUUGGACAUUAUGAGUGCCUUUCCGAAUUUGUAUUGUGCUUAUAAAGCAUUAUGUACAAUUCCAGCCUCAUCAGCCUCAGCAGAAAGAAGCUUUUCAAAGGUUAAAUUGAUCAAAACUAGACUUAGGUCGACAAUGUCACAACAAAGGUUGGAGAGUUUAAUGUUGAUCUCGUGUGAAAGAGACAUACCCAUUGAUAUCAAUGAAGUUAUAAACAAAUUUGGACUGUCAUCAAGUGUAUUGAGAAAAGAAUUAAUGUUUGGAUAA